CAAAAUAAAAACGACGAUGAUAAAAAGGAUCAGAAUGGAAACCUCUAGUCCCCAUAUUCCGUCUGUUGCUGUGGAAACGACAAAUUUUGUUGAGCCAGUCCACGUCGAAAAUAUUGUACCUAUCCGAUGUUUUAACCUAAAAAUCAAUUUCAGAUCACUAUCCGCUUCCACCGGACGUCCGUUAUUGCGUGACGGGACUAUAAUAAAUAUCUUGCCGUUGCAUUCAUCGGAUUCUAUAGAGCGGAUAUUUGCGUGCUGUAAUUAUUUUUUAUUACUUUAGUCCCUACAAUUUUCUUCAUCUCGUGCAACCGGAUGGUCGGCGAAUGGACCAUAUACUGUUCAGUUUCUUUUUACCCCCACGUCAACCAGCCACUAUACUUGGAGAUGAUUGAAAAUGAGCAAUUCAGUGCACAUCGAUCCCGACUGAUGGCGACCGAAUCAAGACGAAAUUGAAUUUGAAUCUUGUACGGUUUUUACAUUAUUCAAAACGAAAUCAUUUUUGUCACAAUUCAGCGAGGGAUAGCGCCGAUACAAACCCGAUGAAAAGAGGUAACGAAAAUGGUUAUUUCUUUUUUUUUUAAACUGAAUUGGACUAACAUAAAAAAAUAACCUAAUUCUUUUUCAACCGUUGUCUACAUCCCGGGUUCUAUGUCGUCAAAAUGGAUGUCUUGGAUGGAGCUUUUUUUAAAAAAGAGGAUCGGAAAACCAGUGAAAAACUGACGUCGCACAUCAGCCGGUGCUCCAUCGUCCUGGUCUGCUGAAUCGAACUGUUGCAUUCCGUGGCUGCCACCAAGGGCUCGUCAACUGGAGGAGUUUUAACGUGAAAACUACGCCGAGUCUUCUCAAUUGUUUUUAUUAAUGUUCCGGCCGUGAUGGAUGCCAACUGAAAACGUUAAGUUACGUCGUGGACAGCUCUUGAUCCACCGUGAGUGGACGCGACCGGAAACCGGAAUGGAAUUGAUUAGUGGAUGAUUGACUGGUGUCACGACGUAAGUGAAGAGAGUCGACGUGUAGGACUGGACGAAGAAGAAAGCGGCCAGGGUCCACACUCCAGCAACUAGUCGGAUAAUUAUCCCAUUAAAAUGUGCCAACCGGCCAUUGAAACGGUUUGACGACGGCGUUGAUGUUGGCCGUUUCAUCAGGGACGGGAAUGAGGAAAGCGUGGUCGUAAACCCAAGGCAAGAUUGUCAUGUCCGAUCAUCUUAGCCUAGUAAGUCUGAAAAGAUUUGGAACUCAACUUGAUCCCACAAAUAAUUGAAAAGUCCACGUUCUUUUUCCGUCGGCGUCUGUCUGUUUUCCGUCACUCUGACCAUUUCGUAACUGGCCAGAGGAUUAAUUAAAUGUUUAAACGUUUCGCCAAGAUUUCCAGUAGCGCUCCUCCUUUGAGCGGUCCAAAUAGUCCUUUGGGGUUUCCACUCCAACGUGUCUGCCACGAAUUAUAUGACGCGAAGGUGUUGGCCGCUGAGCGGAUUGGGCGUCGGUGAGGAACCGUGAAAAGAAAUGAUGAACCAAGUGAAGAAUGUUAAGAAAGGUGCUUUCUUUUUCGACUAUUGGUGGCUGAAUGCGAUCGAAUUUGAUUGUCUAACCUCUUACCAACGAUUGGAACUUUUAAACAGAAAUGAUUUGCGGUUUUACCUUCACCUUCUUCAUACUUGCAGCCCCACCCUCAUAUUGCCGUUGGUUGUCAACUCUCCUUUUUCGUAUAAAAUCGUGGACGAUUCGGUUGGAAAGUAUCAGUUAUUCAGCUGUUUCAAACAAGUCAACUACUGCUCCGACAUGAAGUUCUUUAUUAUCCUCGUUGCCUUUGUUGCGUUCGCUGCUGCCGAUUUAUACAAGGCUCCUAAAUACGAGGCUCCUAAAUACGAGGCUCCUAAAUACGAGGCUCCUAAAUACGAGGCUCCUAAAUACGAGACCCCCAAGUACGAGACCCCUAAAUACGAAGAAGUAACAUACGCCCCUCAACCCUACAGCUUCGGAUACGAUGUCCAGGAUAAAGAAUCUUACAACGACUUUGAGCACAACGAGAAAUCUGACUACAACGUUGUCACCGGAUCUUACCGCGUUGUUCUCCCCGACAGCCGCAUCCAGAUCGUCACCUACAAGGCUGACGCCAACGGAUACACCGCUGACGUGAAAUACGAAGGGGAAGCCAAGUACCCCGAGUACGCUGAGCCCCAAUCCAAAGCUGAUGCUUCCUACUCCGCUCCAUCCUACAAGGCUCCCGAAUAUAAACAACCGGCCUACGUCGCCCCCGCUUACACCACGCCAUCCUACACUACCCCAGCCUACAAGGAGCCGGAGUACGAAACUCCAGCCUACACCACUAAAGCUACUGCUCCCUACCCAAAAUAUUAGUUCCCGUCAAUUGUUUUAUCUUGAUUCUGAGAUUAUUAUUUAAUAAAGUCUUCAAACGA